AUGGUCCCAUAUUGGCUGCUUCGGGGCAUUUUUGGGACAAAACGCGAAUGCGUCCGGGCCGGUGUAGAAAGAUUGCGAAUCAGCUCAUUCCAUCUUCUUCUUCCUCGUUCCCUCCCCCUCUUCCUCGUUCCCUCCCCUUUUCCCUCAUUCCAUCCCUUUGUCCCUCAUUCCCUCCCCUUCUUCCUCGUUUCCUCCCCUUCUCCCUCAUUCCAUCCCCUUCUCCCUCCUUCCAUCCCCUUCUCCCUCGUUCCAUCCCCUUCUCACUCGUUCCAUCCUCUUCUCCCUCAUUCCAUCCCCUUCUCCCUCAUUCCCUCCCCUUCUCCCUCAUUCCAUCCCCUUCUCCCCCAUUCCAUCUCCUUCUCCCUCAUUCCAUCCCCUUCUCUCCCAUUCCAUCCCCUUCUCCCCCAUUCCAUCCCCUUCUCCCUCACUCCAUCCCCUUCUCCCUCUUUCCAUCCCCUUCUCCCUCGUUCCAUCCCCUUUUUCCUUGUUCCAUCCUCUCCCUUCAUUCCCUCCCCUUCUCCCACAUUCCAGUACCUUGUCUCUCAUUUCAUCCCAUUCUCCCCCAUUCCAUCCCCUACUCCCUCGUUCCAUCCCCUUCUCCCUCGUUCCAUCCCCUUCUCCCUCGUUCCCUCCCCUUCUCCCUCAUUCCAUCCCCUUCUCCCUCGUUCCCUCCCCUUCUUCCUCGUUUCCUCCCCUUCUCCCUCAUUCCAUCCCCUUCUCCCUCGUUCCAUCCCCUUCUCUCUCGUUCCAUCCCCUUCUCCCUCGUUCCAUCCCCUUCUCCAUAAUUCCCUCCCCUUCUCCCUCAUUCCAUCCCCUUCUCCCCCAUUCUGUCCUCUUCUCCCCCAUUCCAUCUCCUUCUCCUUCGUUCGAUCCCCUUCUCCCCCAUUCCAUCCCCUUCUCCAUCAUUCCAUCCCCUUCUCCCUCAUUCCAUCCCCUUCUCUCUCGUUCGAUCCCUUUCUUCCUCAUUCUAUCCCCUUCUCCCUCGUUCCAUCCCCUUCUCCCUCGUUCCAUCCCCUUCUCCCUCGUUCCAUCCCCUUCUCCCCCAUUCCAUCCCCUUCUCCCUCAUUCCAUCCCCUUCUCCCCCAUUCCAUCCCCUUCUCCAUCAUCCCAUCCCCUUCUCCCUCAUUCCUAUCCCAUCUCUCUCAUUCCAUUCCAUUCUCCCCCAUUCCAUCCCCUACUCCCUCGUUCCAUCCCCUUCUCCCUCGUUCCCUCCCCUUCUCCCUCGUUGCCUCCCCUUCUUCCUCGUUUCCUCCCCUUCUCCCUGAUGCCAUCCUCUUCUCCCUCAUUCCAUCCCCUUCUCCCUCAUUCCUAUCCCAUCUCUCUCAUUCCAUCCCAUUCUCCCUCGUUCCAUCCCCUACUCCUUCGUUCCUUCCCCUUCUCCCUCGUUCCAUCCCCUUCUCCCUGAUGCGAUCCCCUUCUCCUUGA